GGGCCUCUCCCUGGUCCCCGGCGGCGGGCGCGCGGACCAAGCGGGAGCGGUCGCGUGAAGGCUUCCAGCUUCAGGAAGGACGGUCUGGCGGCAGGUAGCGGGACAGGGGCUUCAGGCAGCGUGCGGAGGGUGGCCUGUCCGAGCAGGUGGCAUUGGUCCGGUGCCCCUUCGCGCAGACAGUUCAGUGGUGGUGGUGCCUAUCCCCACGUCCCACUCUCUUCCCCCUUACCCGGAGUGCCUGAGCCUGUUUUUGCUACAGUCGACGGACAAGAAAAGUUUGAAACCAAAGUCACCACGCUGGACAAUGGGCUUCGCGUGGCCUCCCAGAACAAAUUUGGACAAUUUUGUACGGUAGGAAUCAACUGAUCGAUUUGAGAGCAAAGAUGAAAUUCUACUUACAUUGGAAAAGCACGGGGGUAUUUGUGACUGCCAGACAUCAAGGAAUCCUGUGCUUGGGACGUCUCAGAACUGGCUCUUGUCCAUCCUGCCUGGGCGUCUGCUUUCACUCCAGCGCGUGCUGGAAGUUACGCUGUGAGAUGGGACAUACCAAGGACACGACCAUGUAUGCUGUGUCUGCUGAUUCUAAAGGCCUGGACACAGUGGUUGGUUUGCUGGCUGACGUGGUCCUACACCCCAGGCUCACAGACAAAGAAAUUGAGAUGACACGAAUGGCUGUCCAAUUUGAGCUGGAGGACCUUAACAUGCGACCUGACCCAGAACCACUUCUCACGGAGAUGAUUCAUGAGGCUGCUUAUCGGGAAAACACAGUUGGCCUCCACCGUUUCUGCCCCACAGAAAACAUAGCAAAGAUUGAUCGAGAAGUGCUUCAUUCCUACCUGAGAAACUAUUACACCCCUGACCGCAUGGUGCUGGCUGGGGUUGGGGUGGAGCACGAGCACCUGGUGGAAUGUGCCAGAAAGUACCUCCUGGGAACCCAGCCGGCCUGGGGAUGUGAGAAGGCUGUGGAUGUCGACAGAUCAGUAGCGCAGUAUACUGGGGGUGUUGUCAAGCUGGAAAGAGACAUGUCCAACGUCAGCCUUGGCCCUGCCCCAUUCCCCGAGCUCACACACAUCAUGAUAGGACUGGAGAGCUGUUCCUUCUUGGAGGAAGAUUUCAUCCCUUUUGCUGUACUGAACAUGAUGAUGGGAGGCGGUGGCUCCUUCUCAGCUGGCGGGCCUGGCAAAGGCAUGUUUACCAGGCUCUAUCUCAAUGUGCUCAACAGGCACCACUGGAUGUACAAUGCAACCUCCUACCACCAUAGCUAUGAGGACACGGGCCUUCUGUGCGUCCAUGCCAGCGCUGACCCCAGACAGGUUCGAGAAAUGGUAGAAAUCCUCACAAAGGAAUUUAUUUUAAUGGCUGGAACUGUGGAUGUGGUGGAGCUGGAGCGGGCCAAGACACAGCUGAUGUCCAUGCUCAUGAUGAACCUGGAGUCCAGGCCUGUGAUCUUUGAGGACGUAGGGAGGCAGGUCCUGGCGACCCGUUCCAGAAAGCUGCCCCACGAGUUGUGUGCGCUCAUCCGCAGCGUGAAGCCAGAAGACAUCCGGAGAGUUGCCUCUCAGAUGCUUUGCAGGAAGCCUGCAGUGGCCGCCCUGGGCGAUCUGAGCCACCUGCCAGCCUACGAGCACAUCCAGGCGGCGCUGUCCAGCAGAGAUGGGCGCCUGCCCAGGACCUACCGGCUCUUCCGCUAGAGGCUGGCCAAGAUCUGGCCUGGCUGUGGGCUGUGGACUCAGCGUGUGUUCACACAUGUCUCUUUGGGUGUGAGUUUCAGCAAAGAUUUAUAAAUGGUGCAAACCAUGGGACUUUUCUCUUAAACUCAAGCGAAUUUAAUGUUGCUGAGUAUAGCUCAGUUUCUGAUGCUUGGCUAUCAAAUAGGCCACUUGAUGGAAUAAAGGUUUGCUUUCACA